AUGGCGAGGUGGGGGAUAGUUCUGGCCUCGUGGGCGGCGUGGGCGGUCUUGACGAGUGUUGAAGGUGGUGCUUUGAGCGGCUGGGAGGCGCCCUCGCUCGCUGAGAGGCUGGAACACGCGCGGGCCAUCCUCAGCGAGGUGCCGCUCGUUGAUGGGUACGGUCCUUUCGGUCCUUUCAUGAUCCACAAGCACCUCCCCCAGCACACACAGGAUACUAAGCACACUCACGCCUUUCAGUUCUGGAGCGCCUAUGUCCCCUGCAGCUCCCAGUACAAGAACGCCCUGACGCAGACCUUGGAGCAGAUUGACGUCGUCCAUCGCCUCGUUGACAAGUAUCCCGAGGACUUACAGCUGGUGACGUCCUCCGAGGGGAUCCUUGACGCCCACGCCAACGGCAAAAUCGGGUGUAUGGUGGGCGUGGAAGGUGGGCACAGCAUGGACUCUUCACUGGGAACUCUCAGGACGUUUUACAGAGAGGGAGUCCGGUACAUGACCCUGACGCAUAUGUGCAACACUCCUUGGGCAGAUAACUCUGCGGCUGAGCCCGAACAUCUGGAGUUCGAUGGUUUAACUGCUUGGGGCGAGGUGGUUAUCAAGGAAAUGAAUCGUCUGGGCAUGCUAGUUGACAUCUCCCACGUGGCAUCUCAGACAAUGAACGACGUUCUCGACGUCACAAGGGCACCGGUCAUCUUUUCACACAGCGAUACCCGGGCUCUCUGUAACAUCACCAGGAAUAUUCCCGAUGACGUCCUGACCAGGCUGCACGAAAACGGAGGAGUUGCCAUGGUGAAUUUUUUGCCGUAUUUCCUGUCGUGUUCCUCCACCGCGACGCUUCAGGAUGUUGUUGCUCACAUCAACCACAUCCGGGACGUUGCUGGACCAGAUCACGUGGGUCUUGGCAGCGACUUCGACGGAAUAUCAACAGUCCCGGAAGGUGUAGAAGACGUGAGCAAGUAUCCAUACAUCUUCGCCGAGCUUCUUCUUGAUCCGAAGUGGACGGACGAAGACCUCAAGAAACUGGCUGGGAUGAACCUUAUUCGCGUCUUCCAAGAGGUCGAGAGGGUGCGUGACCAGCUGGCAACUGAAACUCCUUGGGAUUCGUUUAUUCCUCCUGAAGAUGUUGCUGACCACUUGGAUUGCGUUAAUCCUUGGGAUUUGAAAAGAAAUGACCCUCGAACUUGAUCAUUAGAUGAAAAAAAUACUUGUUUAUAAUGUCUAUUAAUAAAUAUAACAACAUUUGUUUGGUAAAUACGAAA